AUGUUCACUGGCCUGGUUGAGACGAUUGGGACUGUGACGGCCUUGGAGCCCCUCGAUACCUCGUCGAGCGGGGGUGGGGGCACGUCGCUCACCAUCUCCGAUUGCGAGGAGAUCCUCUCCGACGCGCACCUGGGUGAUAGCAUCGCUGUCAAUGGAACCUGCCUCACCGUCACUGCCUUCGACAAGACCUGGUUCAAGGUGGGCGUCGCGCCGGAGACCCUGCGACGCACCAACCUUGGGUCUCUCCAGACUGGUUCGCAUGUGAACCUCGAGCGUGCAGUCUCAGCAGAUACGCGGAUGGGCGGACACUUUGUGCAGGGCCAUGUCGACACCGUCGCGAAGAUUCUGUCCGUGACGCCGGAUGGCAACUCUCUCGUGUUCCGGUUGCAGCCGCGCGAUACGGAUGUGCUGCGCUACGUCGUUGAGAAAGGCUACGUGACCCUGGAUGGUGCCAGCUUGACUGUUACAAAGGUCGUGGACGGCGAGGAUGGAUUCUGGGAGGUUAUGCUCAUUGCCUACACGCAGGAGAAGGUCGUAACGGCAGGCAAGAAGCCUGGCGAGGAAGUCAAUGUCGAAAUUGACAUUGUGGGCAAGUACGUCGAGAAGAGUGUCCAGGGCUACUUUGCGGGCACUGCCGGAGGAGAUUAUGCCAUUCUUGAGAAGAUGGUGUCUCGUAUUGUGGACGAGAAGCUCAAGAAAUGA